AUGAUGCUUAUCAAUAAGUAACUUGCUUGUGUGGAGUGUGGUUUUGUUAAAGGAAAAACAACAUUUCUAUAUUCCUAUUCCUAUUUAAAACACCUAUUUAUAUGAAAAACUAGUGCCAAAAAAUUAUUGUCCCUAUCAAGGAGAAUAUAUAAAAAGGUAGUGGGAAGUGCAUGUAAAGAUGUCAGAGCAGGCACAAAUGCCUUGUACUCAAACCAUGUAUGAACACUCUGAAGAUGACUAUGAGGAAGAUGAAAUUACAACCCUCAUUCCUGAUGCAGAAAAGACUCUCUCACGAGUUGGCAACAAUGACUGGUGUUUGUGUGGCAGCUGUGCAAGGAUGGAGAUUGAAGCAGAGUCAAUAUGUUGCCAGGAACAACCACCUGUAUUACUCAGACUAAUGCAAUGGAAUCAGCAAGGCUCCUGUGUGGUGCAGCACCCUUUCUUUGUCUCUGUAUGCCUCAACCCAUAUGCUCUUCAGACUAUCUACAGCAGGGAUAAGAAACUCUUUGGUUCACUCUUCAAUAAACCUCUGCAUGAGAAAUACCAGAUCACAGCCUAUCGCACAUUCAAUGACUACUUUUUCAACAGUUUAAGAGGCAGCAUGACAAUUCCUCUACCCAGCUGUGUCCUUAAUACAAUCAGAAAGGCUUUCCCAAAGGAUGCUGCCAUUGGCAGCUUUCCUGGAUACUGUGAAUUGUAGUCAUGAAUAUAAAUAAACCAAUAUUUUUC